AUGAUCAUCCCACAAGUCCCCUCACGGGGAGGGAUUCAUUACAUCUGGCCCGGUCUACAGCCUGAUUCGAAUAACUUCGUUUUCCAAGAUGUUAGUGGUGACGAGGCGGUCUCGGGGGCGUGGACGUUUGCUGAGUGGAUGGUUGCUGGGAGGUAUGUCAAACUUUUUGUUGUGGUGCGGCUCGGUUUAGGUUGGGAAGAUGAUUGACGAUUUCCAUACAUAGUGGCGACUACAACAAAACAAAAGACGUCCUCGGUAAGUCAUCAAUCAAAGAAUACGCGUCAAUUUGUAAUCGUAUAAGUCAACAGACUUCUGAUUGAAUGAUUAACGCAGUAUAUCCCGGCGAUUCAAUCGCCAUCUGUUUCGCGCUGAAUCCCAAGACGGGACGGUGGUUAGAUCGAUGGGAGACUUCGCCAGGGGCUAUUGGGAGAGCAGCUGGGUCGAUGUAUUCCAUUAGUGAUGUGAUACCACCACAGGAGCAGACCAGUACGUUACGUCUCUCUUUCUUUCCUUCUUCCUUUUUCUGGAGGUUCAUGCAUGAUCUCGAAAACGAGGCUGAUGAGAUUCAAUACUUGUAGAUGCAUUCGGAAAAUUAACCCAAGUAAGCCAUCCGCCUCCCUUACAAUACUGCUAUAAUAUACUAAGCGAUGUACCAACCAAGGCACUCUUCGUCAUCGAACUCGUCGCCGGCGCGACGUGGAACUUUGGACCGGUGACAUUUAGCAAGAUCAAGAUCGUGGCGGAGACGACAACCACAGAAUGGUGCUCCAGGUACAGUAGACCAUCCAGCUAGAAAUGGUCUUCGAAAGAAAGCGGCUCUGAUCUUUGGCUGACUGACACCACGUGUACAGUCCAGGUCAACAGGCAGCUUUUCGUUUCACGAUCGCGAAUCCGGUUGCACGUGUGAAUGGGAAUACGACGGUGUGUACAAUUGAUAGCCUGGUGUUUCUGGAGCCGGCUUGAAGAGCUGUUGUACAGUACAAGUAAUUGGGGUGCACGAAAUGAAAUGGCUUUGUGCAUUUUUGAGAGCAUACGGUAGCGAGAUGAUGGAGGCACGUGGUAAAGAUUCAAUAAUUGCCAUUAUACUUCAGUACAGUAUCAAGUGGCCAAAGUUUGGAUAUGGACGCGAAGAGAGAUCUACCAAAUUGACACCAGCGUUCAUCCCGUUACAGAACUCAAUAGAAGAUUUCGUGGCUGGAGAUGAACUUUGA